CUUUUCAAGGUUGCGAUCUUAGCGAUACGACAAGCAGCAAAGCCCAUGGCCAACGUUCUGAUAGCUCGAUCCAUCAAGUACGACAGGGUCAAAAGGACAUGCGCAGGGGCUGCACAGAUAAUGCACAGGAUGGAGAUCAGAAUGAAGUUGUUCGGAACGAGCAUCCGCGUGAAGGAGAUUGCUCCCCUCGCAGAAGAAGAAGCUAUUAAGCAAGGAGCCACUCUGAUCUCUGAGGGGGUGGUGUUCGGCAUCGGGAUCUCCCUUCUCGUACUGGAGACUCGUCGAGCCAAGUGGAGCGAGGGAAUCAAGAACGAGAAGCUCGAGAAAUCCUUUGUAAACCUCGAUGAAAGGCUCGAUGGCAUUGAGAAG